AUGAUUCCAGAUGGAAGCUCAGAGCUACAGGAAGUAAUGAAGAACAAUGGAAAGCACUUGUUUAGUGCUCAGCACAGAAGCCUGACCAGACAGAGCAGACGUCGGACAGCUACCAAUAACACUCUAAUGGAACGCUUCUUGCAGGAUGUCCUGCGGCAUCACCCAUACAAUUAUCAAGACAGCAGAUCUGCACCAAAUGAGGCAGCAGCAAAUCCUGAGUUACCUGAAGUGGUUGUUUUGGACGACUCGGAUGAGAAGGAGGAUAACACUGCAGAAAGCAGUGGAGAGGUGGACUCCGAGGAUUCGGCAUCUGUUGAAGAGAUAGACUGUAGACCUGGUCCUUCUCAGGAGCGUGCGGAGGCAGCAGUUCGACCAUCAGUUAUUCAAAAAUUGGAGCGGGGGCAGCAGCAGUCCUUGGAGUUGGCUCAUAAAGUUGAGAGUGGUGUGAAAAAAGUUAAUUCAGUCGGUGUUGUUCAGGCUACAACUAGUGGAAAAAAGUUAGUGCGUCCCCCAGUGAUUUGUAAUGCUCCUGCCAGCUCUUUGCCUAGAGGCUCUUUCGAGAGACCAGUUGCGGCUACCAGUGUUCCUCGGUUAGUACUGGCAGUUGCUUCAGAUUCCUUUCCAGCUUGUGACACAGAGAACCUUGAAACAUACUUUGACCCCCCAGAUCAGGGCUCUAGCAAUCCGGCAUCUCAACCCAAAACUAAAGACCCAAAAAAGAAACCUUUAAGUAUAAAUUUAGACAAAUUGCUUGCACAGAGAAAUCUGAGAGCUAAGGGUGCGUCUUUUUCCCCUGUCGUGCGAGUCCGCGAGCUAACAGGUGCUGAGCUUUGUUCUUUAAGAGCUGAGUCUUCUUCUGAGUUAGGGGCAGGUGCAGCAGGAGCCCCGAGUGAGGCUGACACACCAGCAGCCGCAGGAACCCAUGGAGGUGCCAUUCCGGAGCAUCAUGAGGCAUCUCAUUCCAAUAUGCUUCGUCCCCAAGAAGAAACAUGUUUGGUCCUUAACAAGCCAGCACUUCUGAAACAGAAGCGCUCACUGAGUUCUGAUCAUGGCUCUCCUCAGCCAACACCUGGCCAUUCCCAAGCUGCUGUUCAUGACUUAAGUCUUUUGGAAGAGGAGGAGGAGGAGGAGGAAGAUGAAGAGGGAGUUGAUCAAGAAGAUGAGAGCUACGAAUCUAGAGGUUCUGAUAUGAGUUUUGAUUGUGGGUCCUCUUGUCAGUCACUGAGUGCCCUGUCUGAAUUGACCGCCAGAGAAAUAAGUGUAUCAGAAGAAACAUAUGAUGAUGCACAGCCUAGCAAUGAAACACCCACUGUUUCUGGGGCAACUUCAGAUAAUUACAGCCAUUCUCGUCAGGUGGCUACCAACUAUUCUCAAGUAAUCACACCGAACAUACAGUUCAUUAGUCUGGUUGAUGAAAGCUAUGAGUCUAGUGGCUCUGAAGCGAAUUUUGAUGGUGAUGACUCACUUCCGUCAACUAGUCACCGUCCCCCACAGCCUGUGAAAGCAGCAAGCCUUCCUACUCAGAUGCCCCGCCGCUUGGUGGACAAGAGCUAUGGAAGUGGCAGCUCUGAACCAUGUGAGGAUUCUGGGUCCUCAGUGGAUGAGACUUCAGCAGCAGCACGACAGCAAAUGCCUCCGACGAAUGCCCAAGCACACCUGGUUGAUGAGAACUACGGGUCAAGUAGUUUCAGUUCUGACAGUGAUGCAGCUCUGGACCGUCCCCAAAUGCCUGUUGAAGAAAGAAGCCCAAGAGACAGAGCUUUCCAACAGGAAAAUGAACAGCAACCCAGUAGUGCUGAAGCACAUCCUGAACAUGACAGUUCUCUUGAAACAGUGGCUGUGGAACCCCAGAGAGAAACAGAAGAAACAAGUCUUUCGAACCCAAAGAAUACCAACCGUGGGGAUAUGAACUCUGAGUCUCGUGGUCCUGAAGUGGGUUUUCAUGCUGAUGAUCAAUUAGAGGCUGGUCAAUCUCCGGUAACUCCUGAGGAAGUAGAUCCUGACCUAGAGAAUCAGAGUGUUCACUCUGGCGUUUCCAAUCUAAGCUUUGAUUCCCAUGCUUCUUACCAGUCAGCUAAUGAUGAACCUCAAGGGGCUUGGGGAGACGUAAGUCUUGAUGAGUUAAAUGUCGACAUGGAAGUUAAGAGCGAUGCCUGCUCCAGUUCUGAGUUGACAUUUGAUUCCGAUUCCCCACUUCUGUCAGUUACUGAGCGGUCUCUCCUGGAUGUUGAAGGAAUAAAUGAAGAUGACUUUAACCUGGAAGAUGAAAGCUGUGUGUCAAGUAGUUCUGACAUUACUUUUGAUUCUGAUAUUCCCGAUGACUCAGUAGCUGACCAACCUCAAGUAGCUGUGUAUGAGGAGGAACCUGUUGAUCUGGAAAAUAAGAGUAAUGAAUCUUGUGUUUCUGGAAUAACAUAUGAUUCUGAUAUUCCUCUUCAUUCAGGAAAUGAUCACCCUGAAGUAGCUGCUGUUAAAGAAGUAAUCAUUCAGGAAGAAGAGAGCGCUCACUUAGAAGGGAAGAAUGACAGUGCCAGUGGUUCUGAAAUAUGUUUGCAUUCUAAUGCCCCUCUUCAUUCAGUGACUAAUCCUGAAGUAGCCGUUAAAAAGAUAAGUCCCCCCAAAGAGGAGCAGGUACACAUAGAACAAAAGGAAAAGGAACCUGCUGAUUCUGAACUAAAUUUGGAUCGUGACUCUAACCCAAAGCCUAAACGGUCUGAGGAACCCAUUAUAUUACGUAUUUCUAGAACAAGACUGAAUUCUCAUACCCCCUUUCCGUCAGUUAUUCAUAAAUGUGAAGUAGUUGUCAAAAAUGUAAGCCGUCAGAAAGAAAAGCACGCUGAACUACCAAGGGAAAGUGCAGGAUCCCAUUCUGAAGUAAGUUCAGCUGCUGCCGCUUCUCACCCAGUGACACAACCUUAUGUAGGUAAGAAAGCAAAGAGAAAGACAAAGCAUCUUGAAGAAGUCAAGAGUGAUGAUGAGUAUGGUGGGUCUCAACCAACCUUCAAUUCUGAUGUUUUUCCUCAGUUAAUGACUGAAAAACCUCAACCAGCUGCUUUGAAAGAGGGCCAUGCUGACCCAAAAGAUGAGAAUACUGAGCUUACAGGAGUUGAGGUAAAUCUGAAUCCUGCUGGUUGUCUUGGUUCAGUCAUUAGCCAACCUCAAUCAGCCUCAAAGGAAAAGCAUGCUGGACUGAAAGACUCAGACAGCAAACCUGGCGAUUCUAAAGCAAGUGCUGAUUCUGCUGGCCGUUUGCACUCACUACCUAAGCAAGAGUUUGAUGUGAUCUCAAAAAUGAAUGAGUGGAAAAAAGAGGCAAAGGACCUUGAAAAGAAGAUCAGUGAACUUAUUUAUUCAAAAUUAAUACAUGAUUCUAAUGUUUCUUUUCGUUCUGCAAUGGACCAACUUGAACUAGCUCUAAAACAAAUAAAUCUUGACAGUAGUGAUCAGACGUCCUUGGAAGAUAACAGUCCAGACACCUGUUCUGAGACAAAUGCGGAUUCUGGUUUCUCGGUCCAGUCAGUAGUUGAAGCACCUGAAGUAACAGAUUUGGAGCCUGAACACGUUGAGCUAGAAGGUAGGAAAAAUGAGUCUUGUGCUUCUGAAGUAAGCUUUGAUUCUAAUGACUCUUCCCAGUCGCAGGCUCAUGAGCACAGUGAAAGUGGUGAAAACAAAAGUCAGAAGGAAGGUAAAAGGGAUGAAGCUCAGGGCUCUGGAUUGACAUAUGAUUCCAAUGCCCCCCAGCCGCUGGCUGGCCAAACUGGAGGAGUGCAGGAGACCAGCCAUUGGGAAGAUGAUGUUGGUUUGGAAGAUAAGAUUGUUGAAUCUAGUGGCUCAAAAACAAACUUUCACUCUGAUGAACCGCUCCAGUCUGAGACUAAUACAGCCCAAGAGCCUGUUCAAGAAAUAAAUGUACUGAGGGGACAUGCUAGUACAAAUGAUAACAGCGGUGAGCCCUGUGGCUCUGGAAUAGUGUCUGUUUCAAAUGUCAUUUUUUGCUCAGUGAUUCAGAAACCGCAACGUUUGCAAAAAGAGUGUAGCAGUUCGAAAGAAAUUAGCAGCAGUCCUUGUGGUCCUGAAGUGAGUGGUGAUCCCCGUGAUGGUCCAGAAAUGAGUAGUAACUCUAAUGAUCCUUGCCAGGCAGUAGCAAGCCAUCCUCAGAACCCUGCCAAGGAAAUAAGCCUGAAGGAAGACCAUAUUUACCUGGAAGAUAAGAGCUACAAGCUAGUUGAUUUUGAACCAACUUACGAUUCUGAUGAUCCUGUUCAGUUUGUGACAGACCCGUCUGUGGAGGAUGUAUCUAUCAAAGCAGUACGCCUUCAGAAGGAGAAUCCUGAUGACCCAGACAGUGAGACCCUUCAGCCCUGCUGUUCUAAAGUAACAUACAAUUCUGGUGCUCAUCUGCAGUCAGAAGUUGACCCACCACAGGUGGCUUGCAAAGAAGCCGACCUGGAGAAGAAGUGCAGUGAAUCUUGUGCACCUGAAGUGGUAUAUGAUUCUGAUGUCUCUUUCCAGAUAGUAGUCAACCAGCUUCAAACAUCAGAUGGAGAAACAGAUUCACCACAGGUGGUGUUUGUGGAUGUUGUGUCCAGUGAUAGUGAUUGUGACCGGGAAGUAAUUUCUGAUUCAAAUAUCCCUCUUCAGCUAGAAACUGAGCCACCUCAGAUGACUGUCAAAGAAAGCAGUAAGAUAAGCACAGAUUCUGCUGGUUCCGCAGCAAUAGAAAAGUACUACUGUAAAUUCUGCAGUUGCCAUUAUGAAGCCUCUCAGUCAGUGACAAACCAGUCUAAGGAAAGUUUCAAAAUAAUAAAUCGGAAGAAUGACUAUAUUAUUCUGGGAGAUUCCACUUGUCCAUCUUGUGGUCAUGAACUCAAUUUCAGUGUUGAUGCCUCUGAUCAGCCCACUACUUGCAAGUUACAGCGGCCCCGUCGUAAUCGUACUGCCCCAGAAGCGAAGAGCCAUGGAUCCAAUAGUCUUAAAAGAAAUUUUCAUUUUGAUGAUACUACUCAGCCAACGACUCGCCAACUACAGGAAACUGGUGAAGACAUCAGUCUUUGGAGAGACCGUGGUGCCUAUGCUGUGUCAGUGAUCCGCCAAACAGCUGGGAGGUUAGCAGGUACAGUUCUAGAAACUGUGAGCCCUAACUCUUAUGGAUCUGAGCUGAAUUUUCAGUAUAAUGCCUCGCUUCAGUCUGACUAUGACCAGCCUGUGCCUGCUAAGAGAACACGCCACCGUAAGAAGGUAACUUUUGACUUGAGAGUAACUAAGUAUGAAUAUCCACCAAACCCUAUGUAUACAGAAGAAGCGGAAGAGACUGCAGAAGGCAAUCCUAAUGAACGAGCUCCUGAAGCCUCACCUCAGGCCCCUCCUUCAUCUGUUGGGAAAACAUGGUCUCAGAUGAGAGACGAUGACGUGAAAACAAACGCACAGGAAUUUCAAGGCCAUUACUACAGUUACUAUGAUGGUGGCUCUGAGACCCAGAACAUUUUUUUGGGUGAGGAAGGAAAGACUACCUGGUCUGACUUGAAUCAGAACACUACAUCAACUCAGUAUGUUGAAGGUAAAGUAGGAGACACUGGUGACUUUUCAGUGGCCUUAGGUAAACCGUCUUACUCCCUAGCAGAGGGGCAUCAUCAGCAACAUGGGCAGUUGGCUGUUCAGAACCAGGCAGGAGGAGUCAGAUGUGGAACUCAAGCAAGUUCUGUGAAGAAAAGGAAAAUGAUGGGACAAGAAGAGGACUCACCAAAAAGGAAGCAUUUCCAACAUGACAGCCAGAAAAAAAAAAAAACCCAAACUGGGACAACUGAGUUACCUGCAUCACAGACUCAAGUGUUAGAGCCUGCGCAGCCUGAUUCCUUAGUCUAUAUUUUUUCUUCUCUAAGUAUGAAGGAAGAUCAGUCUUUGAAACCACCUAAAACGGAGGCUGGCUUUAGAGGUGAUUUACGAUUUAUAUACAAUUUUAAAGACCGCACCUUUUCUGGCCCACUGCGUAAGAAAACUGUAAUUAAUCCUCCACAAAACCUAACAGUACCAGACUUGGACAGAUCUGAGAUAGACAGACCUCUUGAUCUUAGUAAGCGUGAUUCAAGGUCCAGUGCAGGAGAGAAUGGUGCCAACAGACAAAACUUGGCCUCAACAUCUUUUAUGACAACACCAAAAAGAUCUGUAUUAAGGUUCCAUGGGACCAGUCAGUCUUCAUUUCAAGAAAAUUCAAAUGUGGGUGCUACUGAAGUUCCAAAGGAUAAUUUCCAGCAAACUGUUGUAAGUCAUGAUGGUGCCAAAAAUUUUCCCAAAUCAGUUAGAAAGGAGGAUGUUGAAAACAAAAGUCCUAGGAAAUACUGGAAAAAGAAGAUGUUAGCUAAAAGUAAAUCUUCCUUAAUCAAAAAUGCUUAUAAAACAGUGGUUCUCCGGAAAAAGUCAAAACUAGCUUCAGAAAAACUGGCUAUUUGGAUUCAGAUGAAAGCAACCGACAUCGUUAGGAAAUACGUCUCUAGAUGCCAUGGUGUCACACGCCGGAAGCAUCAAUCAAAGACUGUUCUUAUUAGAAUGCAACUGAGGAAGAAGAAAAUAGUUGCCAGGAAGAUAAAGGAGGCCAAGAGAGCAGCUGAAGCGCUUUCGAGGGCCUCAGUUCUCCCAGCUGGUGCUCAAGAGCAGCUAAGUGCUACUGCAGCACCUGCAGAGGUGCCUGCCCAUCCUUCCAAUGCUACAGGAGUAAAGCACUACCGGAAAACUUACUACCGCAGAAAGAAGAGACUGUUUCCUGUGAGAGAAUAUGACCUGAGAAGCUCGAGUUCUGCAACAACUACUGACAGGAUGGUGACACGGCUUGCAAGCAAAUCGAGAAGUAAUGAGGCAAAAUAAAAGCAUGUGUCACAGAAGAUGGAGAGCUCAGUCCUUCCCUUGGAUGGAACACAUUUGAGACUUGAUUGCACACACUUUUCCCAGCUUUGGUGGGGAAACUGACCUUACACUAUUUUGCUACAGAUAUUAUUUUUCAGAGAUUUUAUAUUCAUUUAAAAUUAGUGUUUAGGGUCCUUUUUUUUUUUCUUUUAAAGAUUUAAAAGCAACCAUUGUCCCAUUUCUGUAGAAGAGCUUCAUCUUAAUUUGUCUUAUAAUUUAGCACACUAUAUAGAGUUUUGUCCCUUACGUCACCUUCGUAUUCAUUUCUUCUGGAAAUCUUUUGUGCCAAAAAGUUAUAACACUGGGAGAAUGAACAUAGCAAACUUAUUAAUGUCAAUUUUUAAACAAUUGGGACAGAUCUACUUAUUUAAUUACCAUGCUUCCAUGUUGAAUCGUCAAAAAUAGUCUAAUUGGAUAAAUAAAAAGCGACAUUGUGCUAUCUCAAAUUUUGAAUAUGAUUUACUUAAACGAUCACAAAAAUAUAAUUUUCUUUUAAAGGCAUUCCAUAAAAUAAUUAUUUAAUCCAGUUUUUUAAAGUGCCUGGUGAUUUUUAUAGACAAAAAAAAUUCUUCUAUCAUUUAAAGUGGAUCUGCAAGUCUGUAGCUUUCCUCCUGUGGACACAGCCACCCACAAGUCUUUUUGUUCACAUUAUUAAAUCUUAUGUGGAAAAGAUUCUGCCAACUUGAUUAGGCUUCAAAGCUACUUUUCCUCCCCUUACUAGUAAUCUAAAAUGAAAAUCCAGAUAAUUUUAACAUUUCAGAAAAAUUAAACUAGUAACCUCAAGACCCACUUUA